AUGGACGAACAGAACGCUAAAGAACUACUUCAAACGCUUUGGCGCGAGCCUACGGCAAAGGACUUGGAAUGCCUUCUCUGCGGAAGGUCUUUCAUGUUUGGCGCCCUGAUCCGUACAUUCCGUAUUGAGCCAUGCGGCCCUCACGAUCCUGGAUACAGUAUCGUAGUUCCCACGUCUCAGAAAGAUAUCGUCUUCUUCGAUCGCCACAUGGACUGCAUCCGCAGUCAUAAGACGCCAUUUGUGGCAGUCUCGCAUGUAUGGGAUCCUAUCAUUUCGAAGGUCCAGCAGCAGCAGAACACAGACAGGGAUGCCGCAGAAGCAACCAGACGUGCUUUGGAGAUCUCAAUCAAGAUAUGUGAUGCAUUGAAAGGCGCUGGCCAUGUCGAUGUGGAGCUUUGGUUGGACUACUUGAGCGUACCGCAGUGGUCCACUGCUCUACGAGACAACAUCCUCCAAAUUAUGCAUAAUCUUUACAAUACCGCCGAUACUACCAUCCUAUACUUGAAGGAUGUACCCCCAGCCGUGGUAGAAUGCCUCUAUCAAAACAACAGGUCUGAAGAACGAGUCCGCUCCGUCGUUUCAAUUUGCAACUCUACAUACUUCAAGCGUGUCUGGACUGCUAUGGAGUUUAUUAGAAGUGGGAGAGUUCGGAUGAUGGUGGGUGACUACACGUAUCUCGCAGAUCUAGAUGACCCUGCGUUUCUGUCCCGACUGCACAGCAUUUGGAAUGAGGAGGCAAGACACUACAAAGUGGUGCAGUUUCUAGAGCAAAAGAUGAACAUGGGCAAGAAUCAGGUGCCUUGGAGCUUAGGGGCUUUGAGCGUUGCCAAGAGACUCAAGAGAUUCAACUUUGCAUUUGGGACAGUUCUUCUUUGCAAGAGGGGCUGCCGAGACCGGAUAGAUUUCCUGCAUGCACUGUCAGGCAUAGUACCAACACAAUCUACAAUAUUGCCCGGCUCGAACUUCAAGGCGGAGUAUUACAAGAUUGCGUGGAGCUGUUUGAAGGCAAGAGACAUGUCUCCCUUGUUGAUAACACCUGUCAUGGGAGCCAUUGAGAGGAGAGGUCCUCGCCAUUGGUCCGAGUUUGGAUAUGAAGAUGUUUUCACCUGGUCAUUACAAGACGAGACUCAUCCUCCAGCCCUGGAACACGACCUCUACUUCAACGAUGACGAUCGGCUUGUUUCUAUGAAACUCCAAACGAUAGGCACUGUAUCAGUGAUUCAGCGCGCCUUUGCUGAAGAACAGCCAUUUCUUUCAAGAAGCUUUUCAUAUGGCGCAAAAUUAGCCCUUGAAUUUGAUGGCCCCAAUGUCAAGGACUUUCUUUUGGCUUUGGAGAGAAUAUAA